AUGAGGCUGAGCCUGUGUCUUCUCCUGGUUGUUCUGGCUGUUAGUUGUUAUGAAGCUAAUGCUGGCAAGGUCUGUAAAGCUGUUGUGUUUGAAAGCCUGACCUUCAUACUAAGGAGUAGGGACGCCCUGGAGAAACUAUAUAGGACAUAUCCUGUGUCGGAAGAGGUUAUUCAAGCAAAACUGAAGGUGAAGGACUGUGUAGACAAAAUGAAAUAUGGAGACAGACUUACAGUAGCAGCAGUAUUGGCACAAAUUUUAAUUGAAUGUGGUGUGAAAGGAUGGGUGGAAGAACAUUUUCCUGGUAUCCCAUUGGGAAACUAG